AAGGGGCGUGCGCGUGCGCAGGAAGGCGAGCGGGAGUGCGAGGAUGGAGGGUCUCGGCUCGGCGGUUCUGACCCCGCAGCAGAAGGAGCAGCUGAAAGAAAAACUGGCUGUAUUGAAAAGAGAAUACAACAGAACAUUCCACAGGUUGCAGCGAGCUGAGAGAGCGGCGAGGGUUAAAAAUGAUAUCAAGGAAACGGUUGCAGAGCAGAACCUGCUCCUCGGACAGGAGGAAGCUGUGAAGAACCAUGCAGGAAACCUCAGUCAACUGUCUCCCGAGGAGGGUCAGGCCGGGAUUUCCUGCCCCGGCAGCACCGCAGAGACCACGCCGGUCCUCUUUAAGUCCGGAGCCUGUGAAGGCAGCUUGCCAGAAACGUCAGAUUCCAGAAGAGCCCAUCAGCCUAGCCGAAGGGUGCUCUUUGAUUCUGCGGAGCCACCUCUGGCGAGGAACAGCAGCCUGCACUCAACCGGCGGACGUGGCAGAGAGCAGCGAGAAGGGCCUUCUUUGGCCACAUGGGGAGAAACGGCGUGGGAGGCGCAUCGGAGAGAGCCUGAGAGGGCCACAGAGCAAGGCUGGGAGUCUCCAGGCUUUAGGAGAAGCAGCAGCCUCUUGGACCCCGGCCAGAGGAGCCCCCCCAAGUCCUCCCUGCGGGCUAGCCCAGGAGGGAGUGGCGAUGUGACUCCUGCAAUGUCAGACCGAGGCUCUGAACUGGGCAGGCGGAUGCAAACGGAUGUUCCUGCGGCAACGCAAGAACUUCCUUGUUCCCUGCCACAAGCGAGUCAAGGGUCCUGCCAUGAGCCUCCGAGCCAACAAGAGGGUGUUUCCGGUCUGGGGGACUUGGCUGCUGGGAGCAGGUCCUUCUGGGCCAGUGUGCGGAGCGAGGAGCAGCCUGGGCAGGGGUGCGAGGAAGGUGCGGGAAGCUUGCCGGUGACCCCUGACGCUGCUCGAGGAGGCAGAGCUGUUGCCGAUUGGCUCAGAGACGACGGGGAGCCCCCCAGGAGGGAGACAAGCAGGGAGGACGAAGGGCACAGCCUUGAAGCGGGGUCAGCCCCCCUGGGAGGGGUCACCCCCAGUGAGGAGGGGCUGAGCUCUUGCACAGUGGUGGAGGGACUCAUGUUCCCCUUGGAGUAUUACGUGCGCGUGACCCGGAGGCUCUCCAGGCGCCAGAAGGAGGUGAACUUGGAGGCGGUUGUCCAGAGCCAGCUGGGCAAGGGCAGGAAGGGCCGGAGAGGCCCCCACAAAGGGCAGGGGGGGAAUCCGGCCCAGCCGCCCCAGGAGCUCCCCAAAAGGGACGACCGGCCGAGCUCAACUCCCAGGAUGCGAGGAGAUGCUUCUGGGUCUCCACCUCGCUCUCCCGAGAGCGGCGGGUCUGGCCAGGGCAGGAGGGGCCGGAGGCUGAGAAGGAGGACCCAGCAGAGGACUUCCUUCAGCACAGGCAGCCCACCAGCAAGCUCCCCAGGUCUGGCUUCUCCUGCCCUCUGGAUGGUGGAGGAUUCUCCUGCUCCUGCAGCCUUGCCUCUCACCCCCCUGGUUGGGCAGGGGUCCCGCCUCAGCUGGCUGCCUCCCGGCCUGCUGCCUCAAGAGUUCCACCUGCCCGAGGAGGAUUUCGGCCACCUGAAAUCCAAGAAGCUCAAAGUCUGUCCCGAGAAGCCACUGGGGGCCUGGGAUGCCGGGGGGUCCAGCAAGAGUCCUCCCAGACCCCCCGGGGAGGCUCCUCUCGAGGAAGGAGCAGCGUUGGGCCAAACCCUCCUGUCCGGGAUGAGUGGGGGCUCCUCCGCUCUUUCUUCCCGUGAGCUGCUCCUCUCCCCGGCCUUGGAGGCUGGACAGAGCCUUUUGCAGACCCCUAAUUUUCCCCUGGUGGGGGCAACCCCGGCUCCCCUGCAGUCCUCCCCAGGCGCCCCUGGGGCCUCUCUUACGCAAGCAGCGGUGGCAGCGUCUUCCGACCCAGGAAGGGGCAUCGGGUGGCCUUGUUCGCCAGCUGGCAUCGGCAGGAAGGCCCAGGAAGAAGCCGCCAGCCCAUCGCAGAAGCCACUUGAGCGUGACAAGGAGCCCCCCAGGCAGAGCGGCCCAGCAAAGGAGGUCCAGGUGGAGGCACCGGCGGACACUCUGAGAGAAGGACACUUGAAAAUGACUUCAAAAGUGAAGAACGGCUCCGGCUCCUGCUUGGUGGACAUGAGUGCCGUGUGGUGGGAAGGCACUGACUUCGCAGAAUUGUGUAUGGUGACGGCCGAGGAAGCGUCCAUCUCUCUCUGGAGGCCUCUGGAACCUGGCCAGUGGGGGACGGUGCACACCUGGCACUUUACAAAGCUUCCAGUUCUUCAAAUAGUUCCCCUGUCGGGAGCUCACAGCGUGGUGUGCGCAGUGCUGGGGCGCCUGGAGACAGCUGAGAUAAGGCUUUUGUUUGGCUGUGCUGAAGAGGAGCUGCUCAAAGCUGGAAACAUAAACGCUGUCCUUGGUCUGGCCGAUAGGAAGCUGGUCAGCAGCUGUUGGUCACUACAAGGUCAAGCAGUGGAAGUCUUCUCUUUCUCUGAGGUGGGAAGGAGCCACCAGCGUUGGGCUUUGAAGCCCCCGGAAGAGACCGUCUUGGCGUUUGCCGAUGUGGCUGGACUGCAGGAGGCUCUGCUUGGAAUGACCGCCAUGAACUGCAUCGUGCUCUGGAACCUGGGAAGCGGGCAGUUGCUGAAGAAGAUCCCGGUGGGCUGGUCCUUCCCUGCGUCCGUCUGCCACAAGGCCUACUCUGAUUCGGGCCUCCUGUUCCUGGUCUUCAGCCACCCACACGCCAAAGACAGCCAGCUGCCUGGGAACCCGGCCUUCCAGAUCAUGGCGCUCAACCCCAAGACCGCCAGAAGCUCUGGGGUGAUGCUCUUGGCCCCGCCCCCCGGCGUCCAAGGAAGAUACUUGGAGCGCGACGUGAGGGGCUCUUCGGCCGCAGCUGUCCUGACAUCUGGAGCCAUUGCGGUCUGGGAUUUAUUUCUGGGGCAGUGCACUGCGUUGCUGCCCCCCAACUCUGGAGGCAGCUGGUCCCUGGUCAGGUGGUCAGUCACGGACACUUGCCUGCUGGCUGGGCAAGAAGACGGCUCGGUUUACCUCUAUAGGUACUCAGGGGGGCUCCACCCCGGGUGAGAGACCUGCAGACCCCGGCAUCCCGCCUUCCAACAACUCUGGAGCCAAGUCCCUCAGGGCAGUUGAGGGACACGCCAAGCUCACAAUGGAGGCGUUGCGAAGUGCCCUCAGGGAGGUGGGAGUUUUGUCCAAGGGACUCAGAAAUGGACGUGGUCACAAUCCACCUGGGAUAUUUCUUCUGCAAACGGGCUAGAAUUAAUGGGGGCUACUGGUCUGCUAAGAUUUCCCCUCUUUUGGGAACAACUGCCCUGCGCCCAUUAAAAGGAACGAAACUGAUAAAGCAACUGACACGAUUUCCUUGACUCUU